CGGUUGGACCUCCGAAAGGGGUGAUGAUUCCGCCCUCCCGGUGUUGGUGUUCGGCCAUACCGGUACGAUAGCAUAGGAUAUUGCACGAUACCAGACGGUUGUUGGCGGAAAAGCGCGAACGACGAUCGUGGAUUGAUUCGGAUACGAGUAGAGUACGACCAUCCGUACCGCACACCCAACGGCGACGAAAGGAAACCAAGAUGCCCCGCUCUACACGCCGCUCGACCCGCAACCGCGGGUCCAACGAGAUCGUAGCUCCCGGGUUCGGAACGAACAGCGACAUCAACCAGCUGACGCGGGACCUCGGUGGAAGGUACGUAAGCUCCCUUUGCGGUGUGUGGUGCGACGUUGUGCCAAUGGACAAGAGUGGAUGCGUCUGUUCUCUGUCUCUGUAAAUCGUUGCUUGUUCUGAUUUGGAUCUCUCACCGAUCGGCAGCCUGCCCCGCAACGCGGUUCUUGCCAUGAUGCAAAGCGAGGGACGGGGACUCGCGGGGGCCUCGGACGGCGACAGGGCCCCCGGCGCGGCGCCCUUUGCGUCCCCCCAGACCUCCUCGGCCUGGGCGGACUUUUUGCAGGAGGAGGGCGGGUCCGCGGUGGCCGCUUCGUCGUCUUCCGGAACGGACGCCGAAGGCGCGGGCAAGGAGCCCCCCGCCAAGAAGCUCCGGCUGGACGGCGAAGACGGUUCGGGAUCCCCCCGCGGGGGCACCGGGUACGACCUGUCCGCCCUUUCGGCGGGCAAGGAAGCGGCUUCUGUUUCGUACGGAUCCCUGGUGCAAUCGGGAACCAUGGACUCCACCCUGGUGGGACGAAAGAACCUCCGGGCCUCCGACGUUGCCGUCUACCACCUGUCGGUCCCCACGGUGCUGAUGCCCAGGGUCGCGAUCACGAGGGUCUGCACCAGCUGCAACGCCGCCCACGCGGUGGCGAUCGAUCGGUCCAACCGGGCCUACGGGUGGGGAAGGGUGAGUCCUCGUGCUGCAACGACGCGGUGUGUGUGUGUGUGUGUGUGUGUGUGUGUGUGUGUGUGUGUGUGUGUGUGUGUGUGUGUGUGUGUGUGUGUGUGUGUGUGUGUGUGNUGUGUGUGUGUGUGUGUGUGUGUGUGUGUGUGUGUGUGUGUGUGUGUGUGUGUGUGUGUGUAUGGAGCGCAGCGAUUGUGGCCUCUGUGGUGUGGUGUUUGUGGUGGUGUGGUGGUGUGGUGGGUUCCUUCCCGAGCGAGUUCUGGUCUCUUUCGUGAACUGACGCGGUUUUGCUUGUUUCCGUUCGUUGUGUUGUGUUGUGUUGCAGAACGAGGGACUCGUGCUAGGAUCGGAAUUUGGCGAAGAUGCCAAGACCAUUCCGACACCCAAGAUCAUUGCCUCGGACAUCGAAACGGCUGCGCUGGGAAAAUCACAGUAAGUCGUCGCCGACCGUUUCCGUCUUUUGUGGGCAAUCGAGUGGUUCGCUCGUUCACCCGGAGCUGCGGCGGAUUUCGUUCCGUUUCGUUUCGUUUCGUUUCGUUCCGCGGUGCCCCGUAGUGUGCGGUUUUGUUUUCUCAUGAUUUUGGUUCUUUUCGAUUCGAACCGCCAGCACGCUGUUCUUGAAAACCGACGGAACCAUUUGGGCCCUGGGACAGAACAAGGUCGGCCAGUGCGCCUGGAGGGGCAACGUCAAGCAAUCGGGCAUCCUCAAACAAUGCGUCGUCAGCGGCAGCAAGAAGGGCGACGAAACGGACCGGUUCGUCCGGAUCGCCUGCGGAGAGGAUUUCAGCGUGGCCCUCAGCGAGAAGGGAAUCAUGUACACCACCGGAAGCGGCGAGUUCGGCCAGCUGGCCAACGGAGAGACCGGGGAGCACUUUGUGUCGGCGAACAAGCUGGCCUUUGCCAAUAGCUUUGGCUUUAGCGAGCGGACGGUCUUUGUGGAAAACGAUCCCACCGACGGCAGCUCUGGCGAUCUCAACCGGAAAACCGUCACCAUCCAGCAGGCGAUCAAGAUCCAGGACAUUGCGGCGGGAAAACACCACGCACUGGCCCUCGAGGCGACCCCCGCCGGGGGCAGCGGUGGAACGAGAAUCUUCUCGUGGGGUUGCGGCAACUACGGAGUCCUGGGACACAACCGCCAGAAGGACGAGUACUUUCCGAGGCACUGCUCCUUUCUGAGCCGGGGAAUGACCUUCACCAAGCUCGCCGCCGGGGCAAACUGCUCCCUGGCGCUGACGGCCAAGGGACACGUCUACUACUGGGGAAACCACCGCAGCAACGCCGACGCGGUCAUGAAGCCCCAGCUGGUGGACGCCCUGGCCAACAACCAGCACGUCGUCACCCACAUCGGGGCGGGACCCGGAAACGUGGCGUGCACGACCGACGUGGGAAACACGGUGGUCUGGGGCAGCGGGCCCUACGGCGAGCUCGGCCUGGAAGGGAAGAAAUCGAGCGCCAAGCCGGCCUUUGUGGACUCGAUCAGCGGCCUCGUGGUCUCGGACAUGGCCGUCGGCCAGGGGACCGUCCUGUACGUGAUCAAGGACGAUGAGAAGCUCCCAAGGGCGGACCUGGAGGCCAUUGACCAAGCACUGGGCUAAUCCCACCGGUGCUCUGCGCCACUCUUUUAAAAAAAAACAUUAGGCACA